AUGGGAGAAGCUUCUUUUAAGUUCAAAACUUUAAUUCUUACACUUUUCUUCAUAUGUGGAGCAAGCAGUGCCGUCUUAGGUAAUGUUCUCUACAACAUGAAAUCACUUGGUCUUCACAAUACAAUUAAAGAAUUCAAAAAGCCCGUUUUCCAGACAUGGUCAAUGUUCAUUGCUAUGUCUCUUCUCAUUUUCGAUACUCCAUUAUUCAAGAAAGGCGGUUGCCCUAAGUACACAACUGGCGGAAAAAUCCGUGGAAUUGGUCUCUUCAGAGUUGUCGCUGUUCCAGCUGGUUGUGACUUAAUUGCAACAUACUUACAGAACAUCGGUCUCCUUUACCUUCCACCUUCCGUUUGGCAGAUGACUCGUGGUUCAAUUCUUUUAUUCACAGCUUUGAUUGCUAUCUUCUACAGAAAGAAGAAACUCUACUGCGUUGACUGGUUUGGUGUUUGCACAACAAUCCUUGGUAUCACAAUUGUCGGUCUUUCCGCAGUUUUAGGAAAAUCCAACUCAUCUACAAACUCUGCAUCCAAAGUUCCAGCCGGUAUGCAAGUUAUUGCCAUGGUUCUCAUCGUUAUUGCUCAAGCUCUCCAGGCUUUCCAGACAAUUGUUGAAGAACAACUUCUUCACGAUGUUGAUGCCACCGAAAACGAAAUUGUUUCAUUCGAAGGACUUUGGGGCCUCUACCUCUCUACAUUCCUCGCUAUCCCAGUCGCUCAAAUCAUUCCAGAGAGCGCAGGCGAAAAUCUUUUCGAACAUUCAGGCGAAACAUUCAUCAUGAUUGCACACAGUCUUAUCAUAUUCAUCUUCAUCAUCCUCUACAUGCUCGCAAUUCUCGGUUACAACAUGACAGGAAUGUUUGUUACUUCAUUCAGCUCUGCCAUCCAUCGUAACAUCUACGAAGCACUCAGAUCAGCUGCUGUUUGGGCCCUCUCAGUUGUUAUCUACUACAUUGCUCCAAAUUCUGGUGCUGGUGAACCACUUAAUUUGAUGUCACUUUUGCAACUUGCCGGAUUCAGUAUUUCUAUUCUUGGAUCAUUCAUUUACAACAGAAUCAUCAAGAUACCAGGUCUUUACUACGGCGAAGAGCAGAAACUCAACCCAGAACCACUUCUUGAAGACAAGAAGUAA